AUGGAGAAAGACAAUCCAAACUGGGAAAGCUAUCGUUUAGGCACUGAACGGAUGGAAAUCAUUUCAAAGCAAUCAACAUAUGUCAGAGUGACGUCAAGUUUUCCUGUUCAUGGUGUCGAUUAUCGAGACUACUUGAGAGCCAAGAUUUCAAGUAUAGACAUCUUGAGUUUUACUGGGGCUGGAGUCUGUAAGACUGUAGAAUACAUUGACAUCCGAGGCAUCAAGGGAAAAGAUAUCACAGUGCCAUUCUGGCAAAAUGAUGUGUAUUUUUUCCACACCGACAGUUCCAGGAAAAUCUGUAAAUAUGAUGCUACCAGUGGAUCAGUAAAGGAUGAAAACAAUUUUGGCGCAACGUGCUUUGAUUUUAACCCAGCGACUCGAGGAAGCGCAAAUGGCGAGAGUACGAUUCAAUACUGGUUUGGUGGAUAUUUGUAA